ACUGUGCGUCUGACGUCACGGAUUUCAUCUCGUUCCUCCUUCGUUUCGUUUGGACACCAGACAAGUUAGCACAAAGCUAACAAGCAGGCGAAGAGCUAACUAGCCGUGUUUCUUUUCUUUUUUUCUCACAUUUAUACAAACUGAAGUAUUAUAAGGUCUGUUUGGGGCGUCUUAUUUAAUAGGAUACGUGUUUUUCGGCGACCCAACUUGCGACGUCGUUUCUCUUGACGCCCGGAGGAGACGCAGAGCCAUGUACAAUGGUAUUGGCCUGACCACUCCGCGGGGCAGCGGCACUAAUGGAUAUGUGCAGCGUAACCUGUCGAGCCUGCGGGUCAAGCGGCCGCGGGAUGAACGCGGCGGCGAGCGGGACGAGAAGGACCGGGAACGGCUGGAGAGUCAGCUCAACAGGCAGCCCAAUGCGGACAUCCUGGAGCACCAACGCAAGAGGCAGCUGGAGGUCAAGUGUGCAGAGCUGCAGGACAUGAUGGAGGAGCAGGGCUAUUCGGCAGAGGAAAUCGAGGAGAAGGUGAACAGUUUCCGAAUGAUGCUGCAGGAAAAAGAGGAGCCGACUCCUGUGGCCAAUGAGAGACCAACGGCGACAGAGACUCACGCUCUGGCUGCGGCAAACCAGCAGAAGAAUGACCGUCUUCGUGCCGCUUUUGGAAUCUCAAAUGACUACGUGGACGGAUCGUCUUUCCACGCCGACCGGAAGGAGAAAGAGAAGGAGAAGAGAGAGCAGGAGCGCCUGGAGAAGGAGAGGCUGCAGCAACAGAAAUAUACGUUGGUGGAAGAUUCAGACGAUUCAGAUUCUCCUCCCAAGAAGCGCAGUCGGAAGAAGAAGAAGAAAAACAAAAACAGAGACAGCUCAGAGAGUCCCUCCUCGUCUCCUCGGCGAGAGGUGUCUGAAGAAGGGGAGGAAGAAGAAGAGAGUUCUUCAGAUGAGAAACAAAAAGUGUCAAAGAAGAAAAAGAAGAGAGAAAGUUCAAGUCCUCCGAAAGCAAAGGCAGGGAGACCGAUAAGUGUCUCCUCCAGCUCAGCCCACAGCCCGUCUCCAGCUCCUCUGAGAUCACGUCAACCAGAACAAACGGCAAGAAAAGCUGAUGAAGGAAGAAAAGGGAGAUCGCCGGACAGGAGGAGACAGGGUUACGAGGAGCACAGCCCCCAUCAUGGAGGCGAAGGGAAGAGGCCUAAUCUGGAGAAGGAAAAAGAGCGACCAAGGGAGUCAGAGAAGAACUCCACCAAGAGGAGACAUGACUCCUCUUCCCCCUCUCCACCACCACAGACAGAGAAGGGCAGAGAGAAGGGAAAAGGGCGAGAUCUAGAAGCAAACAGAAGGAGACCGAGAAGGGGAGGCGCUCUAGGAAGAGAGAUGGAGAAAAGAAGGCGCUCCAGGAGCAUAGAGAACGAAAGAGAGAGGGGAAGCAGAGAGAUGGAGAAAGGUUCAAGGAGCCGAGAAGACGAGAGACAGAGAGGCAGGCGCUCGAGGAGUGUCGAGAUGGAGAAAGGAAAGCGUUCUGGGAGCAAAGAAAAUGAGAGAGGGAGAGGAGGGCGGUCCAGGAGCAGAGACGUGGAAAAGGUGAGGCGGUCCAGGAGCAGAGAUGUAGAGAAGGGGAGGCGGUCCAGGAGCAGAGAUGUAGAGAAGGGGAGGCGGUCCAGGAGCAGAGAUGUAGAGAAGGGGAGGCGGUCCAGGAGCAGAGAUGUAGAGAAGGGGAGGCGGUCCAGGAGCAGAGAUGUCCAAAAGGGGAGGCGCUCAAGAAGCACAGAAAGGAAGGAUAAAGCAAAGGAGACAGCUCCUCAGAGGACCAGACAUGACUCCUCCUCCUCGUCCUCCUCCUCAUCCUCUUCACCCUCUCCUCCUCCUCCUCCACCUAAACAGGAUAUCAGGAAGGAAAGGACUAAGGAAAAAGACAAUAAUAAGCAGGACAGAAAGACGAGGCACGACUCCUCAUCCCCUUCUCCUCCACCCGAGAAAGAAAGGGCGAGGAAUGAGAGGAGUGGUGAGAGGGAGCGCAGGACUGAUAGAGAUGUGCACCCCAGGGUGCAAAACGAACGGGACAACAGGAGGGACACUGGAAGGAGACAGGAGAGAGAGGGGUCUCCCUUGCAGCAGAAAAAUGACAGGAGAAGGGACGGACACCCAUCUCGAGAUUCUCGGUCGCCCCCUUCGCGCUCUCCUGUCGCCAAUGGGCGUCAAAGAGAAAGGGAGGACGAGAAGAGGAGGGAGGAUGAGAAGAGGAGGGAGGUUGAGAAGAGGAGGGAGGACGAGAAGAGGAGGGAGGUUGAGAAGAGGAGGGAGGACGAGAGGGACAGGAAUCUGAACAAGCAGAGGGAAAGAGAGAUUGGUCAAGAGGGCAGCAGAAAGAGAGACGAGGCUCCCCGGCCGGCUGCAGAAAGCAGACGAGAUGGAGCCAGAGCUUCAGAGAAAAGCAGAAGUGAAAGAGUGGAGACAAACACGAGUAAAGAGAAGACCAGAAGCCCCUCCAGGAAGGAGAAACAGGAGGUGAAACCGGCUGAGAAAAAAAGGGAGAGCAGCAGUAGUGGUAGCAGUAGCAGCAGUAGCAGCAGCGGUAGUGACAGCGAUAGCUCCUCGUCCUCCUCUUCGUCAUCUUCUUCCUCUUCCUCCUCUUCCUCUGAAGACAAGGGGAAAGCGAAGAAGGCUGGCUCGGCAGGCAGAGAAAAAAGCAGCCCUGCUAAUAACACCCCUUCUACCAUAGGCGCCGCGGUUCAAAGGUAUUUAGCCAACGGCAGUAAGGAAAGCCCCCCCGCUGCGUCUGACAGCAGCAGACGAGCUCAGAAGGAGAGGGACGAAGGACGAGACAAACGGGAAAGAGACUCCCACAAAGCUCCUGCCGUGAGUAACUCCUCCAACAAAGGUCAAGAGCGAUACAGUCCCACGCAGGUCGACAGCCCCAGCCCGCCUCCGUCCCCUACCAAGCGAGCAGACGCCAGCAGAAGCAGCAACAGACACUCCCCCUCUGAGGCUGAAGCGGUGAAAGCGAGGGCGGAGGUGAAAGACAGGGAGAGGGGGCGAGACCGGGAUGCACCCAGAAGGCCAGCGAGGUCCAGCCCCUCCACCAGGAGGUCACGCUCUCCACCCCAGAAAACCGCCGCCACCACAUCCCCACCACGUCGCACUCCGCCGAGGCAGUAUCAGGAACCACCCUCCAGAUCCAGGAGAGCUUCUCCACCGCCGUCCUGGGCAGACCGCGAUAGAGAGAGGCAGCGGGACAGAGACAGAGACAGGGACAGGGACAGAGAACGGGAGAGGUUCACCAGGAGGAGCAGGUCGAGGUCCAGAAGUCCGAGAACGCACAUCAGGCCCAGGUCCAGAAGCCCGAGAAGGAGAAGCCCACUCUACAGGUCUCGUCCUUCUCCACCACGCCGGAGGAGGAGCAGUCGCUCUUUGUCCAGAGAGAGAGCAAGAGAAAGGGAACAAGAGAGAAUCAGGCAGAGGGAGGUAGAAAAAGAGAGACAAAGGGAAAAGGAGCGUCUGCCCCCAAAAGAGAUCCCCCCGCCUCGCAGGUCCUCCUCAUCCUCCUCCUCAUCCAGCUCCUCCUCUUCCUCCUCGUCCUCUCCCUCUCCACAGCGCGAGAGGAAAGACACAAAAGCGCCAACAGAGGGAGACAGAAGGGAUGAAAAAGAGGACAAGCCGAGAGAGGACAGAGAACAGAAAAGCCGUUCCUCUUCUUCACAGCGUCUUUCCAGGGAGUUACCCCGCGCUCCGUCGACAACAUCCGCUGGAAGAAGCUCCCAGUCGGACUCCAGGCGCCCGGAUGUGACCUCCAGGAGGUCUCCAGCCAGCAGCCAACCAGAGAGCAAACAGUCGUCUCGUGGUCCAAGCAGGAAGGAGGAGUCACCUGUGCCCGCACCUCAACAGUCAGACCAAACAGUCAGGAGUAGUGAGAGCGCUGUGAACGGGAAGCAGGCCGCCGCAAACAAAAAACCCAACGCGAGCAGCAGCUCCGGCUCCAGCUCCUCGUCCUCAUCCUCCUCUUCUUCGUCCUCUUCAUCCUCCUCCUCAGACAGCUCGGACUCUGAAGCGGAGCAAGAAAAAGGUAAAGACGCCAAAGCUCAAAGCUCUUCUUCAUCAUCGUCUUCAUCAGAGGAGGAAAAGGAAACUAAGGAAACUAAAAAAAUCAGCCCUGACCGGCCGGGAAGAGUGCCAGCCGAUUCACUGAGAGAUUCUCGCUCACUCAGUUAUUCACCUCCGAGGCACAUGAGAGCAGCGGCGCCGUCCUCCCCGAGCCGCAGGACUGAGAGCAGACAGUCACCGAGCAGAACGUCCAGCGGCAGACGAAGAAAAUGAGAAGUCGGCUUGACGCGCUUUACUUUUCUCCUCUUUGAGUUGUUUCUCUGUUCGUGGCCGGAGGGGUUUUGAACCGGACGUCACCACGGACAUGACGGGCGGCGAGCGGUCAGUCGAGAUGAAACAACUGUGAAUGAUAGUUUCCUGGUUCUCAGCCAGUUACCAACAACGCGUUUGUUUUAAGCAGUGAUGACCCUGAAGGCUGGCCUGUACAUUUCUUUUUAUAAGGUGAAUAAGAAAUGUGCACAAUCACACACACACACACCACACACACACACACACACACACACACACAGUAAAGUAAAAUGUAUCUAAGAAUUCUUCUCUUUGCUUGUACUCUUCGUUGCAGUCUACCUGUAGAUAUGAGCUGUCUGUAUUUUGGUUAUUACCAUGUAACGGAAACUGAAAUGUGGUUAAUUUCUUUGUUGAAAUGGUAAAUAAUAAUAAAACACGUUGUACAUUUUAA